GGCGUCGCUCGGCGUCGCUGCGCCUCAGCUCUCCCCUCCCCCUGCCGUCCCCGCCCCCUCGGCCGCUCCGCUCCCUGGCGUGACUCGGCACUGAGCGAGCCCGGGGAGCGCCGCCGCCGCCGCCGCCGCGCCUCGCCCGCCCAGGCCUCGGCCCUGCUUGACCUCUCUCCCCUUCCCCGCCCGCCUCGUCGGCUUUUUUUUUUUCUUUUUUUUUUUUCCCCCCCUCACAGUUUCGAAGCCUGUGGCGUCGCGGCCGCCGCCCUGCGGGGGACCCUCGUGAGAAUGGUGGGAGUGAAGCCGGUCGGGAGCGACCCGGAUUUCCAGCCCGAGCUCAGCGGCGCGGGCUCCAGACUCGCCGUGGUCAAGUUCACCAUGCGAGGGUGUGGACCGUGUUUAAGGAUUGCCCCAGCAUUCAAUUCUAUGAGUAAUAAGUAUCCACAGGCAGUUUUCUUGGAAGUUGAUGUUCAUCAGUGUCAGGGAACAGCUGCCACCAACAAUAUUUCGGCCACACCUACGUUUUUGUUUUUUCGGAACAAAGUGAGAAUUGAUCAGUAUCAAGGAGCAGAUGCUGUGGGAUUAGAAGAGAAAAUCAAACAGCAUUUAGAAAAUGAUCCUGGAAGCAAUGAGGAUGCAGAUAUUCCAAAAGGCUAUAUGGAUUUAAUGCCUUUUAUUAACAAAGCUGGUUGUGAAUGUCUUAAUGAGAGUGAUGAGCAUGGAUUUGACAACUGUUUACGAAAAGACCCAACCUUCUUGGAAUCUGAUUGUGAUGAGCAGCUCCUUAUUACUGUGGCAUUCAAUCAACCUGUUAAGCUGUAUUCAAUGAAAUUUCAGGGGCCAGAUAACGGUCAAGGCCCUAAGUAUGUAAAAAUUUUUAUCAAUCUACCCCGAUCUAUGGAUUUUGAAGAGGCAGAAAGAAGUGAGCCGACUCAAGCUCUGGAGCUAACAGAGGAUGAUAUUAAAGAGGACGGCAUCGUCCCGCUGCGCUAUGUGAAGUUUCAGAAUGUCAACAGUGUGACCAUAUUUGUUCAGUCCAAUCAAGGUGAAGAAGAAACAACAAGAGUUUCGUAUUUUACCUUUAUUGGUACUCCGGUCCAGGCAACAAAUAUGAAUGAUUUCAAACGAGUAGUUGGCAAAAAAGGAGAAAGCCACUAAGGUACAGAAGACACUGGAAGACCUUAUUGCAAGCAGAUCUACAGCUCCUGGAUAAUUGCUUGAUUCUCACCAGAGACUGUCAAUAUUCCAUUUAUUGCCAUUACCAAUAAAUAAAUCAUUGCUUUUGUUCAGAUGGUAUCACUAGUGUUUCUAUUGUAAUCUUGAUACAUGCAAUUGUAAAUAAAAGUCACUACUUUUGCCAAGCUUAAUUUUGUCAUUCUAAUUAAGUAUUUUCUUUUUUCACUUGAAAAUUGGCCAACUUCUGAUUUUAAAGCAGUUUAAGGUCUGGUAGCAUUACUGAUUGAAAGCUAGUGUCUGUCUUUAGAGGAACAGCACCUUAGGGAAUUUAAGAUACAUGUUCACUCAUGUGAUAUAAACAGCAAAUGAUUUUGAUACAGCUAACCAUUUUCAAGUGAAUAUAAACUCAUGCUUAUUAAAAUAAUAUUUUGGUGCCUGGGCUAUAAAAACUACUAAAAUGAUGAAAUGAUAAAAAUUACUUAAAUGAUAAAGCCUGGAAUGAACUUUAAAAUAGCUUUUCUUUUUUUUUUAAACCUGUUAAAGUUAUGUUUAAAUCUGACAAUGGGGAGAAUACAGUACUAUAAUUUUAUUAAAAAAAUAAAAUCUUCAAUCACAAUUUCUUUAUUGUAACUGUCAAAGGUAUAAUGUAGAUAUACAGAGAACAUGAGUUAAGGUUGAAAAUGAAUUGGCCGAAAGAAUACAUUAAAAGAUUUUUCACAAAAGUCUUAAGCUGUUGAUUAUGACAGCUGUUCGUAAUCACAUUAAAAAAAAACUUAAGAUUAUUACAAAGUACUGGUAAAUUUGUUAUUUUAUUUCUGUAUUUUUUAAAUUAAUUUUUAAAAUUUCUCUAUUUUUAAAAUUCAGUGUUUGAAAAGAGUAGACCAAUUUUAAGUAAUAAAUGGUAGAUUUGAGAACAUUUCUGUAUAGGAAGAUGGUCAUGGUACCAUUUUGCCUUUGGCAGAUCAAUGUAUACAUGUUCAUGAAAAAUUAUGCAGAACUUUUAGUGUAAAAGCAGUCACUUUCUGAAACUCCUGUGUCAUUUGAUGAUGUAUAGUUGCUUUGUAAGCACAUUAAUUGGUUUGUGGGGAUAUCUGUACCUUACAUACUUGGUUUUGUUGCCUGGUCACAUUGAGGCAGAAGGGCAAGAAAUAAAAAUGAGUAAUACUCCUUAA